AUGGGGUUGGAUGGUGGAGUGGCAGUUCCCGCCGCCGUGUCGGGCGCCCAGCGGGGAGAAGAAUGUGCUGCCGAAUGUGAACGGUUGGUCAGUGCCUUGGAUGAGGCCCAGCGGGCCGCCGUCUGCGAGGACACUUCUGCGUCGCUGUUAAUUCUCGCCGGGGCCGGUAGCGGCAAGACACUGACGAUGGCAAGCCGCAUCGCGUACAUUAUUCUCUCUGGGGUGGCGCCGGAGAAGAUUUUAGGCCUUUGUUUCUCGCGACAAGCCGCGGAGGCGUUGAGGGAGCGUGUGGCCACGGUGCUGCCGCCGUCAAUGGCAGCGCAUGUGCAACGGCUGAAGCUGAAGACAUUUCACGCCUUUGGUCUCGAGUGUCUUCGGCGUCAUGGCUGCAUUGACCUUGCCACAGAAGUGUACGACGCACGACGGCAAAGGGAACUUGCUUCUGCUGUGGUGGAGGCGCAUGCGUUGCACCACAAGGGCCUCGAGGCCGUCCUCGCACUUGUGGAGUAUGUGAAUAAGGCCAAGACGAAGAAGGACAUGCGUGCCGGCACAGAAAUUGAUCCCUCACGACAGGCAGCGUACCUAUUUCGCUUCUACCAAGCAAUGUUGCAUGAGCAGCACAACGCCGUUGACUUUGGGGACCUGGAGCAGAUGUUUCUUGAGACGCUGCGUCCUGUGGGACGGCAGGAACAGCCGUCCGAGGAGGGAGUGGAGGGAAAUGGGGGCAGCAACAGCAACAGUCUCAUGAGUGUUGUCCCGCCACCCCGCCUGUCAUCUCCGGUGGCGUUGCAGUUGCGGGCACAAUACACGCACAUUGUUGUCGACGAGUUUCAAGACCUGAACGAGGUGCAGCUUGAGUGCCUUGCCCUUCUUGCGGGUGACACGUGUCGCGUGACAUGCGUUGGGGAUCCGAAUCAGUGCAUCUACACUUGGAGAGGGGCGACAACAAACAGUUUUGAACGCUGGCGGAGCCGAUUUCCGCAAACCAAAAUUGUAACGUUGGGUACGAACUACCGCAGCUCCGAGGAGAUUGUGAACGCCGUUAAUGCCGUCUCGCAGAUAUCUCAACAGAGUUUUAGGGGAGAGUGUGGACGUCGCAUCAUUCUCAUACGAUGUCCACAUGCGUGGGAACAAAUGUCCCUCCUUCCACGUGUGGUGGAAGAGUUACUGCGCACAAGGGACCGUGGAUUAAAAUACAGCGACAUCGCCAUUCUUUGCCGUACACGUCGAACUGUACGGGAUGUUGUCACGGCGCUAGAACGGGAUCAGAUCCCUGUCUGCGAACUGCGUCCAAGUAGACCAAACUCCAAAGCGCUGGUCCGCGCCAUAUUGUCUUACCUGCGUCUCUGUGUACAUCCCCACUCGAACCUUGAUGUGGAGUGUGUGAUACGCGAUGCUCCAAAUCACUUUUCGGCGGCUGCGGCCACUAAAUUUAUCUUUGCCAUGCAAGCCGAGUGCCUUCAGCGACGGCGCGAGUUGAGCACAGCCAAGCUACAGUGUGAGGAUAGUCAUGCGACUUACUCUUACUACACGAUUCUUCGAGAGUUGGUGCAUAACGGCUUUGCUCACGUUCAUGAGCGGCUACGCACGACAAAACCACAACAAAAAUUUCUCCGCAACUUCAUUGAGGUCACCACAGCAGCCCACGAUGCCCUUGGACGUAUGUACUGUGAUAUUGAAGAGGUGGUACGGGGCGUUGCAGAGCGGGCGGGUUUUGAUGGGGGAAGUGCCACAAGCGUACAAAUUCGGCGUCGCCCAUGUUGCGGUACCAAACGUCGACGUUCUUCUGCCCCAUUACGGCGCUCUGCAGCGAUUUGGGAUGAUGUCAUGGGUGACGCCGAGGACGAAGCCGGUGCAAUGGACGAGGAAGGGGAUGCAAUGUCUAUUUCACAGGUACUCGUCGAGGCGUCUCGCACGGUGCAGCAGCAAGUGUUAGUGGAAAAGAAAAAUGUUGACAGUAGUCAGGAACGCUAUGGAGAAAUCAAAAACGGCAAAAACGACAUGGGUGAUGCGGCGUCCGCCGUCAAGGCGGAAGCCAAAGUGCAGAACGAUGCCUACACUGUGCUGCAGCGCGUCAUUGACGAAUUUCUUGCACUUCUUCCGACAGAUGACUUUGGACCGCUGAAAGGGGGAAGCAAUGUGAAGAUGGAGUCAACGCAGGUCGCCACAGUCACAGUGACGACAGUGCAUCAGGCAAAGGGAAAGGAGUGGCUUUCCGUCAUUGUUCCUUGUUGCUAUGAGGGCGAGUUCCCCAUUGAUGUGAAAAGAGCGGAGGAGCGGCGGGUCUUUUACGUUGCCAUGAGCCGAGCAAUGCGGGAUCUUGUAUUGAUGACAGCCGAAUUUGGAUCUCUCGCCCCACGUGACUACGAUGAUGGGAAUGGGGCCGUGGGAGGAGCGGAGCAACCGCUGCAUAUCACACCCUAUCUGCGUCCCCUGAUGCCAUUCAUGGAAACAUUGUCCAUGACUUGUCAGGAGCAACCGAAAGGGGGAAACGUAGGUUCAUAA